GAAUACCAUCCCAGCCAUCAAACGUUUGGUUUCGAAAAAAAAACUGUUGAAAGUUCGUUUCUUUCUGCAUGUUGUGCGCCUUUUUUACUAGUUUUUCGGAACUUUUUUAAUAUCCCGGCAAUUAUUGUUACUUUAAUUGUGAAUCAAUAUUAGAUCAGUACAUCGCGGAAUAGAAUGGCUACCACAGAACGUAUGUACACAAUGGACGAUCUCCCGCAGCUCAUCGAUGGCGUUAGUUCCGAGAAUGUCGUUGGAGUGACUCAGUAUAUUGUGAACAUGAUGUCCCAUCCGGCCUACGGCAACGGCUACCAAUGGACGAAGGAGGAUUUCGAAUUGGGAUGCGCUCUCGGGCGGGGAAAGUUUGGCCGCGUCUAUUUGGCUCGCGAGAAGCAUACCAAGUUCAUGGUGGCCAUGAAGGUCAUGUUCAAAUCCGAGCUCACCAAGGGUCGGGUCGAAAAGCAGCUGCUGCGUGAAAUUGAGAUCCAGUCUCGCCUGAAGCAUCCACACAUUCUACGCUUAUACACCUGGUUUCAUGACGAGCGCCGGAUAUAUCUGGCACUGGAACUGGCAUCCGAAGGUGAAUUGUACAAACACUUGAAGGCAGCCCCGAACGGUCGAUUCAAUGAGCAACGUUCGGCCAAGUAUACGUAUCAGGUCGCGGAUGCUCUUAAUUACUGCCAUGCAAACAACGUCAUUCAUCGUGACUUGAAGCCGGAAAAUAUUCUACUGACCGACGACGAUAACGUGAAGCUGGCAGAUUUUGGUUGGUCUGCCCACACCCAUUCCAACCGGAGGAAGACCAUGUGUGGAACAUUGGACUAUUUGCCACCGGAAAUGGUGGAUGGGAAAAUCUACGAUGAUUCCGUUGACCAGUGGUGUCUUGGGAUUUUAUGCUACGAGUUCUUGGUCGGAUACCCACCAUUCGAGUCGGAAACUACGGAAGCCACAUAUGACAAGAUUCGGCGUCUGGAGGUAGACUAUCCCCGAUUCAUGACUUCUGGGCCUAAAGAUCUGAUAUCAAAGCUACUCAAGAAACCAAGCAGCUCUAGAAUCACGCUCGUUGAUGUUAUGAAACACUACUGGAUUAAAGAAAGCAUGGGAAAGUAAGAGUAUGUUCAAUCGCUGCACUGAAAAAAAAACUUGUUUUAUAAAUAAAAUAUGUAGUUAAUAACAUA